AUGGCUACAUUGGGGCAGCAGGCAGCUGUUUCACGCAGAGAAGCAGCAGAAGUUGAAGCUACUGCUGCACGUCUCAAGGAUAUGCAUGCAAGGAAGAUGUAUAGCAGCAGGGGCCCCUGGAAGCGUUUGCUGCAGAAGCUGUAUAUACACCGCGGAGCCCUUAUUUACAUUCAAGGAGACCCUCUGAUUUCUGCUGUAUCUGCUGCUUCUGCUUACGUUCAAGCAAAUGCAUGCAUGCAGCAGCCAGCACAUAACCUUGCUGCUGCGCUGCUGCAGGAACUCGCCGACUCCGCAGCACCUGCUGCAACAGCAGCAGCAGCAGGAUCAGCAGCAGCAGCAGCAGCAUCAGAAGCAGCAGCAGCAGGAUCAGCAGCAGCGGCAGGAACAGCACCGCAGGACCUUCCUUUUGCUGCACUCUCCUCGCAAACGCGUUUGCUGCUGCUGCUGCUGCUGCAACCCUUCAUCCAUCUAAGUGAAGACAGCAGCAAAUUGACUGUGCUGCAGAGCCAAGCGCUGCUACCCAUCAUACCUGAGUGCGUUCAAGCCCUGACAGCAGCAGCAGCAGCAGCAGCAGCAGAAGGAGCAUCAAGAACAGGAGCCAGAGCAGCAGGAGAAGCAGCAGCAAGUACUGCAGCAGCAGAAUCCGCGAGUACUGCAGCAGCAGGAGCUGCUGCUGCUGGUGCUGCGUCGCUCUUUCCUGUUGUUUCUAGCAAGCCGUUUGCUGUUUUAGAGUUGCUGCUAAGCUCAAGGGGGCCCCCUAACGCCCAACUGCAGCAAGCGAGGGCCCCCCUGGAGGUUCUGCUGCAGUGUGCGGGGCCCCUGAUGAUGUCUGCUAAUGAAGGAGAAGAAGAGUUAAAUGCUGCUUUCGUCUGCUCGCAGCUGGUGCUGCUGCUGGCUUCCGGAGAGACAAAUACCAGCAGCAGCAACAGCAGCAGCAGCAGCAGCAACAACAACAACAGCUGCAGCAGCAUCACCAACAGCAGCAGCAGCAGCAGCAACAACAACAACAGCAGCAGCAGCAGCAGCAACAGCAGCAGCAGCAGCAGCAACAGCAGAGAGUCUGCUGCGUUGGAUUGGUUUGCUCUAUGCCAGUUGUGUCUUCGUGCGGUGCUUCGUUCGCCGCUGCAUGCAAUGAAGGGGGCCUCCAUAGAGUUGAGUUUUGCUGCAAUUGAUAAUAUAAGAGCUGCCCUAGCAGCAGCAGCAGCAGCAGAAACAGCAGCAACGGCAGCAGGAGCAGGAGAAGCAGCAGCAGGGGGGCAAGAAGAGAGACAAACGCUCGAGCGCUUGCUGCAGCUUGCUGCUGCUGCACAGGCUCAUGUGCUGCAGGCAGCAGCAGCAAAAGCAGCACAACUUGAACCAGCAGACGUGAUGCACGUUGUUGCCGCGACGCUGCGGUCUGGGACUUUGGGGACUCGAUGGUUUUCUUCAGUGAUGCGGCGGGCCUGCAACUUGAGGGAUUGCUUCUCGCAAGAAGAAAGGACGGUGCUGCAAACAGCAAUAAAGCGACUGCUCUCCAGUCUAAGUCAAAAGCAGUUGUUAGACAGAACACAACGCGGCGUAGACCCCCCUUUUGCUUGCAUGCAAGUGCUUCCAGGAAAGGCCUCCAUCGGGGCUGCUAAGCCCCCUAAGGAGCUUCCUAUGGGGGCCCCUCGGGGGCCCUCCGGCUUAGACAGGGGAGACAGAGAGCGCCAGCAGAGGCAGGAGCUGCUGCAGCUGUUAAAGAUUAUUGCGCGGCUGCGGCUGUUUGAGCUGCCUCCUCGAGCGAACGUCUCGUGGUCGUCUGGGCGUUCUCAGUUUAGUCUGAUGGUGUGA